UAUUAAAAAGAGGGGCGUGAAGCGUACACAAGUCUAGUCUGAAUACAUCCAACACAUCGGAGAAAUCCCUGUUGGGAUUUGUGAUACACGAACCUGUACUUUGAACAAUGAACAUGACUGGCAAUUUUAUCUUACCUUACACAUGUACACAUAUUUACCUGUAGUAUAUAUAUAUAUAUAUAUAUAUAUACUAGCAGUUGAACACUGCUUCUGCCUUCUUCUUAGUGAAAUUUAUCAAAUUAUGUGAAAAGACAAGAUGAGUUAUGUUUCCUGUAUUUUGAUACUGUUUUUGGGAGCUGUGACAGGGAACGAAGAGACUGACUUCCAAGAUAUAAGAUUAAAGUGUAUUGAGAACCUGCUGCUAGAUGAUCCUGCUAACCUUAAACAUACAGAGAAGAAGUAUAUUCACACCAGUAUUAUUCUUGCUCAUGUUCAACUACAACCUGACAACCAACCUCCACAAAUGAUAAUAAAACUAAAGAAGUUUGUUAGUUCUCUCCUGGGUUCUAGUGUUGGAAGUAAACCUCAUCUCAUUUUCCUAACAGAUCAUCAGUCUAUGGUUCACAUACAACGAGUAAUCAUUCAAGAGAUCGGUAGAUCUCUGUCUGAAAAUAUUAUUAGAGUUACAGAGGUUAAGAACAGAAAUUGGAUGUUUCCGAGAUCCUUGAAGGUUGAGUUUGUCUCACUAGAAUACUUCUCCUCUAAUUACAGAACCGAGAUAGGAAUAGUUGAAUUGAUUAUAUCAUCAUUAAUCACUGCAGAGCUCUAGCUAAUCAAUUAUGUACCUUUAUUACAUUAAUACAAUCCAUUUUCUCAUCUCCUUCGUACCUUUUCGUUCCAAACCCAGCCUAUUUUUUGUUGCUAAUUUCUACAUAACAAUAUUACUGUUUUCGAAUAUAAACUUUUGUGGCCCCACAACAAAUUUCUUACCCAAAUGGGUUAAUUUUCUUUAAAUAAAUAAUAUUUCAAAACCUGUAAAGGGACUGUCAUUUUAACUUUAUGUGAACAACAAUCUAAAAAAGCUCGAUUCACAACGGCAACAUUAAAAUCUUCAUAUUUGAUCAAAAAAGUGAUAAGUAUCUAGCUUGGAAAGUUUUAAAUUUAGACAUUUUCCUGCAAGGUUUUUGCAGUAGAAAUUUAAAAGUCUAAACCACAAUUGAAAAUAAACAAAUUUCAAAUUUCAGAUUUCUUGGUGUAAAAAAAGUCUAUAAAGGGUAUCUGUGAUUAUUAUUUUCAAGCCCAUAAAUAGAAAGUCACUUGAAGUUACGUCUACUGUCUCUUUUAAUCAGGAGCAUUGUUUUUGAUUUCCUUUGAAAUGCAGAUUAAAGUUUAACAGAGAAGAAAAGAUCAAAGAACCAACAUUUAUAGAAAAGCUUUAGAAGCUUGAUCGAACAAUCUCAAUAGAAAUGUUGGCUGAAAGAUUUAACCCUAAACAGUUCUCUUUUCAGGUUUACUUAUUUUGUCUCACGCUUUGUAUACAUUUAAAUUGCAACUACUUGUUCAGAUGGAAUAAAAAAAUAUUUCUCCUACUCCGCUACGCAGGAAUCUUACCUAUAUAAGCUCUGAAGAAUAGAUGCAAUCAAUAUUUUUAAAGAUUUGAGUAAAUUCCUGAGCAUCUCGUUAACUUCCACGACUGAACAUUAUGAUUUUGGUGGGAUUUUAUCUAUUUAUACUAAACCUUCCGCCUCUCUAUCUUAUUGUGCCAAUAAUAAAUAUAAAUUGGAAGGAAUUCAUCAUGAAAUAAAUUCUUUAAAUCUAUUAAUUAGAUUGUGCCCUUUACGUAACUAAAGCUAUGAAAUUAUAAACUCGUCCUAAUUAAUUUACUCUGAACGUAACCGCUCCAAGACUCUCUAUACCUUCAUCUGUUUUAAAUUCGGUGAGAACAUUCUUAAAUCUAUGGUUUAGUUUCAAACUUCCAAUGGAUUCUCUUUGCUCCAGGCAGAUCUGCAGGAGAACUUUCAGAGUUCAAAAUCAAACUUUACAGCAAGAAAGUUUAAACUUAACGUCUGCAAGAAACCAGUGCAAAUAAGUUUACUUUGACUUCUGUUUCUAGAUUGUCAAUGAGUUCUAAGGUAAAGGUUGAGUUUAGAAAGGAGAGCAAGGAGAAAAAUAUCAAAAGGAAAUACAAAUCUAAAUAUUUUCUUUAUAACUUUCUG